AUGGUGAUGGGAAAGAACUGUACCUACAAUGCACGUACACUUGCAUCCGAGUGCUCGAUAGACGACUUUCUUAUGCAAGCAAGAAGGGUAAGGUACGACGUCAUCGGCCUGGCCGAGACGAGAGGACGCCAGCCUUUCAACGCCGUCUAUGACACCGGAGAAGAACUGUUCCUCGGAACAUGUGACAGCAGAGGAGUCGGCGGCGUAGGCGUUCUCGUCAACACGAGUUUGUCUAUGAACAUCCAUUCAUUCGAACAACUUACAACCCGAAUCGGACGUACACGAUUGAAGAGAUGUGGAACAACACCGGCUUUGACAAUCUUUGCCUUUUACGCUCCGACAUCUAACUAUGACGAAAAAGAAGUCGAAGCAUUCUAA